GAGCACUGUGCGGCAACCAUUUUGUAGACCAGAUUAAAUUAGUGACCGGCAGAAAGGGAGAGAUGAGGAUGAACUUGCAGCUAAUGAAAAUCCUGGUGCCGUUGCUCGUGUGCGCACUGGCGUCUGGAGCCUGGGCACGUUUUGAGAGCGCUGAUCGAGCAUCCAUCGUGAGUGAAUUCAAGUCCGAUUUCGUGGCCGCCGUGCCGGAGAAGCUAAACUUGGAUCAAACAGUGACAGCGUCGGUGGUGCUCAAGCCGGAUGGGAUUCCGACAGUGGUCGCGGGCAAGGCCACCGCGUACCGAGUUGUGUGGGCAACGUUCCAGCCCACCGCUCUGAGCGCGGGCUGGGCACAGCUUGAGCUGCACACAAACGGCUCCUAUUCUGACACGGUGCAGGUGCAGGCGGCUGGUUUUCUAGAGGGAUACUUGACAGCGCAGAUGAUUUCGGAUACAUUCAUGAACGUGGUGAAGGAUUACUGCACUGGCAAUGCAGCCACAGUUACCUACUGCCAGAAACUGACUUCAUUCGUCUCAUCCAAUCUUCUGUGGGCAAACGCACAGAGGGCGCUGGCCAGAGACAAGUCGGAAACUGAAAUCGCUUACUGGCAUCAGUAUGGACUGAUCAUUGAUCAGCUGACAGCCAUGGUGAAUGGGUACAACAUUCUUGCCGGGGACGUCGGCGGAGAGACCCUCGAUCUGCUCGACUUCCUGAUGAUGUCGUUCAACGGGGAUCUGAUCACGCUUGAGACGGUGUUCGAUCGACCGGAGAGCCUGCGCAAGCACAAGAUGGCGUCCACGUCGUGUUCGGCCAUCGUCAAGAUGGUCGGCGACAACGAGGACGUCCUGUUCUCACACAUCUCGUGGGACAGCUACUUCCGCAUGCUCCGCAUAUACAAGCUGUACGACCUGCAGAUCAGCACGGACGGUGGCGGGGCCGCAGAGAAUCCCACCGCCGUCAUUCCAGGCGCUCAGAUUGGCUUCUCUUCCUACGCCAUGAACACGCAGAGCAACGAUGACUUCUACACGAUCGGCUCCGGCCUCGCCGUCCUGGAGACGACCAUCAUGAACUUCAACGCCACGCUGUUCGAGGAGAUUACGUUCAGCAACAUGCUGUACUACUUUCGUGUCCAGAUUGCCAACCGACUGGCCAGCACCGGUGCAGAGUGGACGGAGAUCUUCGCCAAGUACAACAGUGGAACAUACAACAACCAGUGGACGAUCUUCGACUACAAGAAGUUCACGCCGGGAUCAGCGCCAAAGACCGGCGCCCUGACCGUCAUGGAGCAGCUGCCGACGUAUACGCACACGGAAGACCUGACCAGCCUGCUGCACGCUCAAGGUUACUGGCCAAGCUACAACGCCGCAUACUUCCCGCAAGUGCAGAAGCUUGGUGACACCAAGGGUGCCGAGAAACUGUACGGGGAGUUCAUCACCUACGACCACGCUCCGCGUGCCAAACUCUUUAAGAGAGACCAUGCCAGUGCCGUUAGUGUCCCGACACUUUACAAGCUGAUGCGCUCGAACGACUUCAAGCACGACGAGUACGGACGCUGCAACUGCACACCACCGUAUUCGGGCAUCAACGCCAUCGCCGCUCGCCGAGACCUAAACCCAAAGGACAUGAAGUACGAAUACUCCCUGGACGGCUUCAAACUGGCCGGCGCCACCGACUGCAAGAUCACCAAUGCCGAGAUGAUGAAGAAACUGCAGGCCAACAUCGCGUCCGGUCCAACUUCUGAGCAACAGCCCGUCUUCAAGUGGAGCCAGACCGACGUGGAGAAGCCUCAUGGUCAUCCCGAUGCGUUCAACUUCCCUCCGCUGACCAUUAUGUGGGAAGACGUUGACGUCGAUUUCUGAUACUUCCCGGCAUUUCUCUCAGUUUCCCGAAUCACGCACCUUUUAAAACAAUCAACUCUGAAGCUACCUUACAGAAUUUAACUCGGAUACUCGUUCCCAUUGGUUUUUCUUCUUUUUUGAUAUACCCUUACACGCCUGUCCUUUACUGACAUUCCUAACAUCUGUAUUGGAAAUAUUUUUUAUUACUGAUAGCAGAUACUGGAAGUAUAAGGUAUUCUGCAGAGCUCACCAAGUUACGCCAUUCACAGAGCACAAUGCGCGCUACCUUCUGCUGCUUCUCCUCCGUGAUGUGCUAGUUGCGCCUUUUCUCUCUCUGUCCCCGCCCCCCCCCCCUCUGCAUACUAGGUGACAUAAUUCGCAUCUUUUUUGGCGCUACACUCUACGUAUGUACUGCUCUUGUGUGGCUUCCACGGUAUUAAAUUUAUUGUUAUUACCUGACGAUGGCCAAGUGCCGAAACGUUGUAAAAAUAA